AUGAUGAAGUUAGUUUUUCUGUUUGUGUUGACGAUUGCACUCGUCGCGGGAUCUGAGACGACACAAUCAUCCCUUGAAUCGCGUGGAUUAUUUGGCUUUGCACAAUUUAUUUGGCAUUACACGGGCCGAAAUCCGUUAGAUUACAACGAUUAUGGUUGCUGGUGUGGUAUCGGUAGAAAGGAUACGAAGGCGGUUGAUGCUGUUGACGAAUGUUGCAAGGCUCACGAUGCAUGUUACGAAAACAUAUUUUAUUUGAGCGUCAGUUCGUUGUGUUUAAAUGGUGUAGAUACAGCGGAGUACAAAGCGUCCAAUCGAAAAAGACAUACACUACGUACAACGAGAGAAACACCGCAAAUAGUCUUCGUUAUUUUGGUAUUUGUGUUUUUUCUUCCUCCGUUCUGUGCUCGAGCAUUUUCCCCAGUAACUGCUUGUCGUCUAACCGGAUAA